AUGGCUAUAGCAGCUGAGACCAUGCUAGCAGCCACCAAGGACGCUGUGGCCUUGCUACGUGUUAACCCCGUGCAUAAUAACAGGUCCGCACGCUACCAGGAGGCGCUUGUAAUAAACCUUGAGCACAAGCAAAACCCCAAGGGCCGCCGGCGGUGCUGCCGCGUUGCCGAGGUACAGGCCAGGUUUAUCAAAGUGCAGGCUAGAGUGGACACACGCGCUCAUGCCAUAGCCAUACUGGAGGCUGCGCUGCAAUUGUCAACAUUGCCUGGCAAUGCUUCGGCCACCAUAGCCAUCAUUGCAGUUGGACAUUUCAACCUCCGCGUCAUCUUGCUUGAGGCCGCGCUUAGCACCCGCUACCAAACUGCCAGUGAGCUCCCAAUGCGUCAGCAAAAUGCACAGACUCUACACAGCUCAGCAGCUGCUGCGGCACUGUCUUCAAAGAGACACAAUCUUACAGCACUGUGGAAGAGUGUCAACAAGGCUUUCUAG